AUGCCGACCCGACACCCAUCCAGUCGACCGUUCCUUGCUGCUGAAGAUGAGGACGGGCGUCCCCGGUUUGCUGACGACCUCCUGCAAGCAGCCAAAGAGAGGCCACAGACGACGCUGUCUGAACGAGUCGAUCCGGCCGGGUACAUGUCCUCGUCGACGUGGAGCAUCGGAAGCCGUCACGGUCCGGACACGGGCGAGUACGAGAUGAGCGCGGAGUCUACCUGCCAGUACGUGAACGACAGGACGACCAACAUGGCCUUGAUCCUGACGGCUUUCCUGCAGCUUUCCCCCACCAGCGACGAUGCCAGCCGGCCGCAUGGCCUUCGCUCGCGGGCGUCCACCGACACGCGGAGCGGCGGCCCGUCCGAGAACGAGCCGUUCUUCCUCUCCCGCGGAUCUCUCGACUCGUUUCGCCGCUCGUUUGACAUCCGCGCCACGCUGCCCAACCUGUCCGCGCGUGUCCAAGGAACUGCUCCGGCACAGGCAGACGGGAUCGAGUCCAGAAGCAACAGCAACAACAACAAAAGGGCUGCCUCUCGCUGUCAUGACGGCUGGUCACAAGCCCGGACAGAGUGGUCGCCAUGGUGCCGAGACGGCCAGCCAGACACAACGCUUCGCCCAGACAGCCAUCGUUCCGAACCGUUCUUCUUUGUGCCGCAUUACGACAAGAUGGCCGGCAAUCCGACCGACGCAGGCGUCCCGCCCGAAGGCCCCGGGCAUCUUGCGGCGGUGUUUGAGCCGUAUCAGCUGUCGCUGGCCUCGCGCGCGAUGCAUGCGGAUGACUACAUCAACUCGCACCGGGCGGUGGCGCCGCCGAUGCAUUUGUCGACGACGUUCCGGUAUUCGAACGAUCCAGACGUCCUGUCGCACUGGGACAACACGGAUCCCAAUGCCCCGUUCGACUCGCACAUCUACUCGCGCGACUCGGCCCCCAACGCGACCCGGCUGGAGGCGAUCCUGAGCAACGUGCUGGGCGGCCCGGCGCUGACAUAUGGCUCCGGGCUGGCGGCCUUCCACGCGAUGAUGGUGCUGCUGAACCCGCGACGGGUGGCCAUCGGGGGUGGCUACCACGGCUGCCACGGCGUGCUGGCGCUGCUGGGCAAGCUGACGGGGCUGCAGCAGCUCGAGCUGGAGGACGAGGCGGAUCUGGCGAAGCUGCAGGCGGGCGACGUGAUCCACGUGGAGACGCCUCUGAAUCCGACGGGCGAGGCGCGCGACCUGGCGCGCUAUGCGGCGCUGGCACGGGCUCGCGGCUGCUAUCUGACGGUGGAUGCGACGUUUGCGCCGCCGCCGCUGCUGGAGCCGUUCCGCUGGGGGGCCGACGUCGUGAUGCACUCGGGCACCAAGUACUUUGGCGGCCACUCGGAUCUGUUGUGUGGCGUGCUGGCCGUCCACCCGCGCCACGUCGUCGAGGGAGCACCGGUGCCAGCCACCGCUUCCGGGGCCAAGACCUGGAUCCAGGCCCUGCGUGACGAGCGGCUCGUGCUCGGCUCCGUCAUGGGCAACCUCGAGAGCUGGCUGGGCGUGCGCAGCCUGCGCACGCUCGAGCUGCGCGUCCUUCGCCAGAGCGCCAGCGCCGGCAGCCUCGUAGCCUGGCUGGCCGCUGAACAGGCCAAGCCCGCAGCCAGCGCCAGCGUCGUCUCACGGCUGGUCGAGCGCGUGAUCCAUGCCAGCCUGCAGCCUGAGGCCGCACAGCCGGACUCGUGGCUGCGGCAGCAGAUGCCCCGCGGCUUCGGACCCGUCUUCUCCAUCGUGCUGCGCGACGAGACCCUCGCCCGCCGCCUGCCCAGCAAGCUGCAGCUCUUUCACCAUGCCACCAGUCUCGGCGGCGUCGAGAGCCUGAUCGAGUGGCGCGCCAUGACCGACAGCACCGUCGACCGGCGGCUGCUGCGCAUCAGCGUCGGCGUCGAGGCCUGGGAGGAUCUGCGGACAGACCUGCAACGCGGCUUUGCCGAGCUGGAGGCCGAGAGCAAGUGA